CGAAGUGUGCUGGAGGUUUAUGGUAAUUGCGGUUCCCCCGACUGGCCUUCUGGGUAGAGUCUGUGAGUGGGGGCGACUCGCUCGCUCGUCUCUCAUUCUCCGCCGCACGCACGGAGACAGCAGCAGCUGGUGCCUCAUACGGCUCCGAGCAGCAGAGACGGAGAAAGGGAACUAAGGCAAAAAGGACGGAGACAGGAAAAACAAGAUUUAAACACUGUUUAAAACAAACCACAAAGGAAUCUAAGGAACAAAGAUAUUAAAAAUGGACUUAUUGAAUUUGGUAAGCAUUUACAAGAGAAACGUGUAACUAUUCUCUCCGUUUUGACACGGCGUGUUCGGUCAGAGCUAUAACCCAACAUGGCGCGGUAAGGCAUUACCAAGCUGCAUUAAUUGUUGAAGUCGAAGGAUCGUCGACACCUGCACCCUUGUACAACACUCAUACAAAGAUCAUCGCUGAAGGACCAAAGAAUAUAUUGAAUUUGGAUAUUAAGCCUGUCGCUUUAAUUCUGAGGAUGUCUAUAUACCACAUCUGUUUUUUGCAGUUUUUCCUCAACUGGAAUAACACCGAUACUUUGGAUUGCUACAAACGUAUUGUGCUCAUUACUUUCCGCGAAAGUGGUCAUGAAAAUCUAAACUACUUUUAAUUUGCUUGUUCUAGGAGUCGAGUGCAUCGAGGAACACUUGUCCGUAUAGAAGGGCGACCUUAGUUUCUUAUCGGAUGUUUGGGCUUGUGAAAUACCUAACAGGAUCGUGUCUGGUUUGAACUACUCAAGUCGGAAACUUGGAAUAAAAAAACCUGACGUUCAGUAAAUUAUUGGAUUCUACUCCGAAGUAACACUUAUUUCUUUUGAGCAAGCCUUGUGUGGACGAGCAGAAGUCAUGCUCUCCGCGACACCCCUGUACGGAACAUUUCACAGCUGGAUGGGCAAUGAGCGCGUCCACACGUGUGCGAUUAAUGAAGACAGGAAACUUGCCGUGAGUGAUGGUGAGCCCCAGAAAAGUGGCCUGGAGCUGACGGACGCCAGCCACAUCACACACAGCAUGGUCGAUGCGAGUGCGGCCUGCAGGAUGAACCCGCUCGCUGCGCUGGGCAUGGACCGCAGCGGUCUGAUGAGGGAGGGUCUACACGUGCAUGGAGGCAUGGUCUACCCGGGCAUCCGGGCCCUGUCAGCUGACAAGGCCCGGGAGGGAGCAGCACUGCCCCUGGGAUAUGUUGGCGAUCGCCUCCCCGACCUGCACUACAAGCCUGACGUCUCGAUGGAGAGCAGGAAGCCCGCCAACGGCUAUGUGGGCCUCUACAAGAGCCCUCCUCCCGGCCUUCAGAAGCCGGUCCUGGUGCCCGUGAGCGGUGGGGACACCUUGGGCCUAGACCGGCGCGUGGGGCCAGCGGACAAGUCCCCAGAGCUGGGCCUGAACGGCAGCAGCAGCUACCUGCACCUGCCCUGGGUGAACCCCUAUGGAGAUGCGGGGAUGUACCCCUAUCUGGAGCCCAGCAAGUACCCCACGCUAAGCAUGGCCUCCUUCAUUUCCCAGCCCAGCCCCUUCCUGCCACAGCACCUGGCGUACCAGUCGCUCUGCGGCGCCGGGGGCAACACAGCCGGCUCCGAGCGCUUGUUCUACAUGCCCCCAUACCCCCCGGCUCCCAUUUCCUCCCCUCUGGCGCCUCCUAUGAGGAUCCCCACAGCCACAGUAGCCCCGGCCGCACUCUCCCCGCUGGUGCACUGUCAGGAGAACAGCCUGCAGAGUUUAGGACCCAGGAUCCACCACGAGCCGUCAGCCUUCGGUCAGCAGCUGCACCAGCAGCCGCCGCAGACUCACCACCCAUCCCACGGCAGCAAGCCAGCACGCGCGUCUGGCAAGAGCUCCGCUGGUGGCGGUGGCCUCUCUGCGGAUUCGGUCCCGUCCCCCAUCUCCAUCUCCCGGCCGCAGACCUCGAUCCCACCUCCACCCCCCCUCAUGGAGAGCAACAUGGAUUUCCAGAAGCCCCUCCCACCGGGACCUCCCGCUUCCUCAUCGUCCUCCUCUUCCUCCUCGUCCUCCUCGCCAUCUGCUCCCCAUCCAUACUACAUAACCAGUAUGGCGUCGGAGCACUCCUCUCCCACCCGUGGCGGGGGCCACAAAUCCAAGGUGAAGGAAGGAGGCACAGAGCACCGGGUUAGCGGGGUUGAGCGCAAGCCCAGCAGGUCGCCCUCCAAGCCGGCUGAGAAGCACCUUCAGCAGCCCCCCACCAAAGACCCUGCAGAUAAGCCCUUGGAUUUGUCUGCCAAGAUGGAUUUUGGAGCAACUCCUAAUGGAUUUCCCCCAAAACUAGAACCCUUUGCCAAACUGGGUCACUCCCCCUCAUCUUGCUAUGGGCUGCCACCCAGCCGGGAGCUUCUGAAGGAGACAAUGUCCCCCUCCCCCUCCUCGGCAGGCGCUCCCUCCAAACCCUGUGAGAGGCCCGAAAUCAUUAGCACUUUGCACUCGUCCUGGGUGGUGCCCGGCCCGGCACCCGCCCUUGUCCCCAUUCCCGCCCCGGUCCUCCACCCGGACUCCGGCCAGAGCAAAGCCCCGUCCGUCAUCAAAAACAAGAAUCUGGAGCGCGUCACACCACAGCAGCGCAGCUCCUCUUGCCCCCGCAUUGGCGAGCCCAAUGCUGGCCCGGCCCCCCAGCCGGCCCCCACCAUCCCCACCUCCACCAGCCGACCUGCAUCUGCAUCCCCUUCCCCCAAUGUGAAUGCUGAUUGGCCCAAGCCAGAGAAAGGCCCUGCCCCUGUCCACACAGGCAGCCAAUCGUCUUCUGGGAAGGCAGUGAAGGUGCCUAAGAAGGCCGAAACCCAGGAUGUGGUUUACAAGCCGCAGCCACCUCACCUGGAGAAUGGCCACGCCCCCAGCCGCCUCUACCUGUCUCAGAGCGAGGCCUUCCUACCUCCCACCUUGGCCUAUAAUCGAUACCUGCCCUACUCCGUCCCCGACAGCCUGUCCCUUCCUCACAUACCAUUGCCAGGGAAGGGGCCGGUUUACCCCCACCCCGUUCUGUUGAGCAGCAGCAGUCUGUAUCCCCCCCGCCUAACCCCCAAGCCCAGCCUCCCCUACAGACUCCCCUCUGGCCACGGGGACUUCUUGACCUACGACUCCCGUGAGAUGGUUCACCCCCUGAUGUCCCCGCACCUAACACUGGACCCCAAGAGCGGCGAGCGCUCAGAGCGACGCUCUGGCCUUCCGGCGAAAUCCCUGCAGGGCGAGGACAUGCCCCACAGGGCACGCCAUGCGGCGGAAGCCGGUGACGUCGCGUACAGGGAAGUGGACAAGUCCGCGGCCCAUGAUGCCAAGCGCUCCAACAAGCCCCUGGCAGCCGGGAAGGAGAAGAUGGUCUGUAUCGACCUGGUUCAGGCUGACACAGAUGGAGGUGCUCAGAUAACCAAACACGUCAUCCCUUGCAUCAGGAAAGGAGAUCCCAGCAGGCCCAGUGGCAGCGAACCGGAGCUCAUGCAGCUCCUGCUAUCUGGACAGACCGCUGGGGGCGGCUGUGCCCCGCAGAAGCCGACCGAGGCAGAGAGGCAGCCGGAGAUAUGCGGCGGACUGCGACUCCUGGAGCCGCCUCGGCCGCUGGCUGCCUGCCAGCGGUACGGCUCACCAGAGCCCAGCACGGGCGAGGAGAGUCUUUCGGGGCUGAGCCCCCUGCCGGAUUUGGCGGAGCACCAGACGCUGCGCUGUGCCAGGACCUCCGGGGACCGGACUGCCGACGAGGCCGACUCACGGCCAGAACGGCACGGUCUACCCCAAUACGCGGAUCUGGUGGCCCAGGGCUUCGAGAGCCUGGAGUCUCACAUGGACAACAUUGACAGCGACGGGGGCUCCUCCAAGAACAGGAGGUCGAGCCUGGCGAAAAGGAUUGCCAACUCCUCAGGGUACGUGGGUGACCGCUUCAAGUGCGUCACCAAUGAGCUGUACACAGACUCCAGCAAGCUGAGCCGUGAGCAGCGUGCCCUGCAGCGGGCCAUGUUGCGGUUCUCUGAGCUGGAGCUAAAGGAGAGGGGGAGCAUCGGCCUGGCAGAGUGCCAGGUUGGGGAGUGCACCGUCGACGACAGCCAGCAAGGCAGAGGCAGAGUCAGCGACAGCCUGGAAAGGGAUGGUGUUCGCCUCGCGUGCGGGAGCAACCGCGUGCCGGUUCUGCAACGGUGCACGCCGCAGGGCGAGACCACGCCUCUCCGGGAGUGGGACGGGAAUGUGGGGGCCAUCCCAUCGCCCCUGCUGGUGCCCGUCGGCAAGCGCCCACAUGCCGAGGAGGAGGAGGAGAGAGAGGGGGACGAAGAAGCAGAGCGACUGGCCUCCUUGGCGAAGAGACCCAGGUUGAUCAUGGAUGACUGGCCCCUGGGGGCACCAGGCCGCCCCCCUGAGCCCGUCUCGGUGGACACGGGAAACCUGAAGGUGUGCAUCGAGCUGCGGGGCCUCAGGCUGAGCAGGCCGCCACACCUGCAGUGUCUCCUGGAAUUCUGGGAAAGGUCGGAGGUCGGCGCUGACACGGCCCUGGCGCCAAGGGAGCCCGUUGUCCCCCCGCCCCUGGCCUUUGCCCGACGGGAGGCCCACCCCACUGACAGAAAGGUCAGGGGCAGUUCCCCGGACGAGAGGCCCACCAAGAAGUGCUCAGAGUUCAAUAGGAGCUGGUGCGAUGCCGCACUCCGUGACCCUGAUGCCGAGCAAGCUUCACCGCGUGCCUGCCUGCAGGCCGGCCAGCCAGACCCCUGCUUCCCGGAUGAUGGCUCCUUGCGGACGCUAGACAGGAGGCAGCGAACCCGGGACAGCGAGGCGGAGAAGCCCAAGGGCAAGAGGCAGUGCAAGACCAAGCAUCUGAGCCUGCAGGAGCGGCGCCGGACAUCGGGGGGCGCCGAGGACUGCCCCCAGCUGGAGCCAGAGCCAGCACCCGAGCACGAGGUCGCCCUGAGGCCUGCAGCGGCCAAGCGGCCUGUCUCGCCGCCGUACUACGACGACUCCCCAGCCAAGCCGUGCCCCCCGUCGCCGUGCCCGGCCGCCCCUCCCACAGCCCUGCAGUCGCUGCCCUCACAGCCGUCACCGCUGCCUGCCGGGAACCCCCCUCCGGAGACCCCUGCCAGUCGCCCAAUGCCCCCCGAAGCACGAAGACUCAUCGUGAACAAGAACGCUGGGGAGACCCUACUGCAGCGCGCCGCCCGCCUGGGCUACGAGGAAGUGGUGCUGUACUGCCUGGAGAACAAGGUGUGCGACGUGAAUCACCGCGACAACGCGGGCUACUGCGCCCUGCACGAGGCGUGCGCGCGCGGCUGGCUGUCCAUCGUGCAGCACCUCGUCGAGUACGGCGCUGAUAUCAACUGCAGCGCUCAGGACGGCACCAGGCCCCUCCACGACGCCGUGGAGAAUGACCAUCUGGAGGUGGUACGUCUGCUGCUGUCACACGGGGCGGACCCCACACUGGCCACCUACUCUGGCCGCGGCCUGUUGAAAAUGACGCACAGUGACUUCAUGGAGAACUUCCUGCUAGAUUACUUUGCCGACCUGCAGGGGCAUGAUGACGACGAUCUGGAGCUCCGAUGGGACUUCUACGGCAGCUCAGUGUGCGAACCUGCUAAGGACCCAGCUACCUUUGACAUCCUGGCCGACCCACCCGGUCCCGGGGAUGAUGAGGAGGACCCGCAGCAGCGAGGCGUCUUCGAGUUCGAGUUCUCAGACCGACCUCUGCUGCCCUGCUACAACAUCCAAGUGUCCCUGUCUCAGGGGCCCCGGAACUGGCUCCUGCUGUCAGACGUGCUAAAGAGGCUUAGGAUGUCGACCCGGACGUUCCGCACCGCUUUCGCGCACAUCGAGGUGGCCACCAUCGCCGAGGCCGAGUUCUACAAGCAGGCCUCCCUCAGUCAACUCUUCUCCUCCCCCGAGGAGCUGGAGGGCUUCCUGCCCAACAGCAAGGAGCUGCUGGACCUGGUGGAGAUCAGUGGCGAGCUGGCCACGCUCCUAGGCUCCUCCGUGGAAUGUCUGGACAGCCGCUGGGAGCCUGUCGCCACGGCAACCUCAUGACCCGGCCGUGAACUGGCCUCAGAUGUGGAUGUGUACAUUUUCUGUAGAAAAAGACACCAGCAUGGACUUUGGGUGGGUACUGAUAUCAGCCGCUUCCCUAAGCGUGCAGGAUGGUGGGUUGGGGGUGCCCUGGGCCAUGCGUAGAGUCUCUUAAUUUAACAAUUAUCUUAUUUUUAUAAAUAUAAAUAUAUCUUUUGCUUUGUCUGUUAUUUUAUAUAUGCGGGCCAUGUUUCCGUUCCCUGGUGAAAAAUGUUUCCACCGCUCGUUUUAGCACGUAGCUGUCGGAGUCACCGGCAAGUGGCUGCUUCUUAGUGGAGAUUCUUCCUUCAGGUUUGAGUGCCACAUAGGCAGGACUGCAGCGCAAAGCAAAUUAAUAUUUUAUUCUAAUUUACUGAGUGCACUUCAUCUUCCGUUUACACGCCUGCUCACUGUGGCGGGCAAAUAUAUAUUGUUUUGAAGCUAAACCUAUUUUUGAAUGAUGAGUUAGCAUCCAGUGGACAGUCCCCUCUGGGUCUCCGUCUUCGGAGCUCGAUGUUCCGGGGGGUUCAUUGGCUCCUGUUUAAACUUGGCUUUUACUGUUGCCUCUUAUUUAAGAUGAAAAAUCUAAAAUAUUUUCACGUUUUUUUUUUCCUUUUUUUGUAAGAUGCUACAGAACUUUUAAGAUACUAAAGUAAGCUGUUUGGCAGAAAACAUGCUUGAACAUGUAAAUAACGAGGUGACAAUUGCAGUAACUGUUUCUGACUGGUGUGUUUGUUUUUGGAGACGUGUUUAAACUUUGUAAUUAAAAAAAAUACCCCAUCAUUUGUAUUUAUAUUUUACAAAAAAAGCUCCUUUAAAAUAAAUGGCAAUAAAAGCAUACGAGAGAAACUCCAA